AUGGAGUACCAUGCUGUGCCGCCCGAGGAGCGCGCACGAGACGAAAACGGCAACUUGCUCCCUUGGGGAUAUGUCUACAAAGAUGAAUCCCGCAACCUUCGACGACCAGCCGAGGAAUCGGGACCUUUUGGCAAGAGGAGGAACAGCCGAUACGAACGAUCGCGCACAAGGACCGGCACCCCAGCCAAGCGCGAGAAUCCCAAUGUAGCCGAGUUUGGCCGUCUGUUUGCCCAGCAACAAGAGGAAGAGCGACCUGUCGUCAGCCUCCCCAAGUCCGCCUCAUCAGGGAGCCUUGACGCCUCGCGAAAAUUGACCGAGAAAGUCGCGACCGAAUGCAUUCUCUACGGAUACAAGGCCAAGGAUGGAGAGUGGAAAGUGAUUGACAAGUACGAGCGGAUCUCGCAGGGCUUCAUCUGCGAGGAUUACCCGCGCAAUGACCCCAAUUAUGCCAGCCAAUUCGGCCAGCUGUUGAGCGGCGGCGACGUUGUCAUCCGCAAGGAUCUGACCGCGGAUGCGAAUCGCAAGUCCAAGCGAUAUGCGGGCGGGUAUCACUGGAUCAAGGUCACAUUUGAUUCUUCUCAAGCAGCCGAUCGGGCCUGUUUCUUUUCGCCACAGGAGGUCGAUGGGCAUCUGGUCUUCUGUGAGCUGUACGAGGGUCACGGUCCCGCCGAGGACGUGCCUAUUCCCGCCGAUUCCGCUGCGGCCGCGAAGCUGCGCAGCAAAAACACACGCACUCUGACGUCCACACAUUCGUCCGCCUUCCUCUCUAAUGCAGGUAGCAUGGACGGACAACCCUCUUCUUUCACACUACCCCGAUCAUUUGGCAUGAACAAUCUCUCAGGUGUGCCGGAGCCGGAGAAGGAAUUAUCGUUCGAUUCAACUACAACUACGACAGCGACAUCAGGGACGGCCACAGCGGCAACCACAAUCACAACCACAACUGCAACUGCACUCUCGACGGGGGUCUCGUCUAGCUUUGGAAGCACUUCAUCUUUACAUCACCGCGGCAUAUCUGACGCUGCGCCCAAGCCGGACUCGGAUUACAUGACGCACAUCCCGACCGUCCGUCGAACGAAGCUACGUCCACUUACCGAGGCUCUUCCGCCAGGCCCGACGAUGACCGAGCGUGUGCUGCGAUCGAUUCCCAUCCUCAGUUGGUUCACGGGGGAUAUUGUCGGUGAUGGACCGCAGCUGAAGGAGGAUGGAACGUUUGAUCACAACAAGUCCGCUGCAUAUUGGCGGUUCUGGUGGAUGCUGGAUCAGUUACUCGGGACGGAUAUGUGUGGUUUGAAAGAGGACUCAUGA